AUGGAUCCUCUAGCAAUCUUUUGGGUGCUAACAAACAGUUCAUAUUUAGUAGAAAAAUUUCAAGGAAAAAGCUUCACAUUAAAAUAUCUGGGAAUUUCAAAUUACUCCCUUUGCAAAUUACAUUCAAUGUCAUUAAAGGGCAAUGAAGCUUUAAUUUCGUUAAACCUCAUGUUGUCGUUGAUGGCAUUGAAACCUUAUCAACUAUACAUCUGUAAGCUGCUCUAUGUUAAAAAUAAUAAGUAA